ACAAAGGGAUCGAACAUAAUAUGUGACUUGUGAUCAAUAAAUCCUGGCUGAUUAAUAGACGAUUUUUUCAACUGCAGAACAACCUUUAUCGUGAGGAAUGAUUGUGUACAAGGAUUGUACAUCACACGAUGCAGUGUUUGUGCGUUAUCUUAUUUUUUAAAGAAAACGAGAGCAGACAGGAAGAAAUGAAUAACAGAUCAUGACAGAGGGAGAGAAGAGGGAUUGAUUGGGGAAAGGUGUAUUUGUAAGGAGAGGUUAUACUGAAAGUGGUGACAAGAACAGAAAUACACAAAGCAAAGCUAUGAAGAAAUCUUUUAAUAACCGCACCAAGGACUUUCACUCUGAAAAAUCAAGCAUUUUCUCAGAUUCCUAUAUUUUCUCAAAGGAGAUAGUAAACAUAAACCCCAAACCUUUCUCAUGUUCUGAAUGUGGAAAAUGUUUUGUUAAUAAAUCAAGGCUUGUCAAUCAUCAGAAAACUCACACAGGAGAGAAACCGUUCUCAUGUUCUGAAUGUGGAAAAUGUUUUGUUCGUAAACCAGAGCUUGUCCGUCAUCAGAGAGCUCACACAGGAGAGAAACCGUUCUCAUGUUCUGAAUGUGGAAAAUGUUUUGUUACUAAAGCAGAGCUUGUCAGUCAUCAGAGAACUCACACAGGAGAGAAACCGUUCUCAUGUUCUGAAUGUGGAAAUAGUUUUAGGCACCCUUCAAAUCUUGUCAGUCAUCAGAAAACUCACACAGGAGAGAAACCGUUCUCAUGUUCUGAAUGUGGAAAAUGUUUUGUUCGUAAACGAGAGCUUGUCUGGCAUCAGAGAACUCACACUGGAGAGAAACCGUUCUCAUGUUCUGAAUGUGGAAAAUGUUUUGUUCGUAAACGAGAGCUUGUCUGGCAUCAGAGAACUCACACAGGAGAGAAACCGUUCUCAUGUUCUGAAUGUGGAAAAUGUUUUGUCACUAAAGCAGAGCUUGUCAGUCAUCAGAGAACUCACACAGGAGAGAAACCAUUCUCAUGUUCUGAAUGUGGAAAAUGUUUUCGGCAACAUUCACAUCUUGUCAGUCAUCAGAGAACUCACACAGGAGAGAAACCAUUCUCAUGUUCUGAAUGUGGAAAAUGUUUUCGGCAACAUUCAAAUCUUGUCAGUCAUCAGAGAACUCACACAGGAGAGAAACCAUUCUCAUGUUCUGAAUGUGAAAAAUGUUUUGUUAAUAAAUCAAGGCUUGUCAAUCAUCAGAAAACUCACACAGGAGAGAAACCGUUCUCAUGUUCUGAAUGUGGAAAAUGUUUUGUUAAUAAAUCAAGGCUUGUCAAUCAUCAGAAAACUCACACAGGAGAGAAACCGUUCUCAUGUUCUGAAUGUGGAAAAUGUUUUGUCACUAAAGCAGAGCUUGUCAGUCAUCGGAGAACUCACACAGGAGAGAAACCGUUCUCAUGUUCUGAAUGUGGAAAAUGUUUUGUCACUAAAGCAGAGCUUGUCAGUCAUCGGAGAACUCACACAGGAGAGAAACCGUUCUCAUGUUCUGAAUGUGGAAAUAGUUUUAGGCACCCUUCAAAUCUUGUCAGUCAUCAGAAAACUCACACAGGAGAGAAACCGUUCUCAUGUUCUGAAUGUGGAAAAUGUUUUGUAAGUAAACCAGAGCUUGUCCGUCAUCAGAGAGCUCACACAGGAGAGAAACCGUUCGCAUGUUCUGAAUGUGGAAAAUGUUUUGUCACUAAAGCAGAGCUUGUCAGUCAUCAGAGAACUCACACAGGAGAGAAACCAUUCUCAUGUUCUGAAUGUGGAAAAUGUUUUCGGCAACAUUCAAAUCUUGUCAGUCAUCAGAGAACUCACACAGGAGAGAAACCAUUCUCAUGUUCUGAAUGUGGAAAAUGAUUUUCCGUUAAACCUAAUCUUGAUGGACAUCAGAGAUCUCACACAGGUGAUGAGUCUCUAAAAUUAUAUUAUGCAUUAACAUAGAAAUGAAAUAUCUUGUUUUGUGAAUUUUGAUCAUGCUGACACAGUAAAUAGUAAUUGUGAUAGUAGCAGUCAACGUACAUAUGAUUACUUUCCGGCAACUCAGGAUACAUUGUGGUUGUAUGUUCUGUUUGUUACAGAGUGAAAGGCUACUUCCCCCAACCCCCAUGUUAAUAUAGACCAUGGCAGCUCCACUGGUGCACAAGGUUACAUCACCUUUUCCCUAAUGGGACCAUGGUUGC